CCAACAAAUAUACUGCAAGCGAAGAAGCGCAUGUUUACGUUGACAGUUUCCACGAGUCUGAGGAAUUUCACCAAUUCUCGAUGGAGGUGUUCGAGAAACACGAAGAAAUUUUAUCAAGUAGGGCGCAGCUGCUCGAACAGAUGAAAAGCCGCAGAGAAACGUUGAAGAUCCAAAGUAAGCAGCAGUGCAACAAGUCUGAAGUCGCUCGUCAAAGGAACAACAUGCUGCGACAGAAUGUGCAGAAGUUGGAGAAUCACCUCUGUGGAAGACCGCUGCACCACCCAAAUGUCCUUGCUCUUGAGGCGAGCUAUUGGGCAUCUGUGGAAAAAUCCAUUCCAAUCUGGGAACACUUCCUCCUGGGCAAAGAACCACAUCCCACUGAUUGCGCUGGACCCUUUCCCAAGAGAGCUCUUCAGGAACAUGUAACAGCAAAGGACCAUGGCCUACCUCCUCGUCCAAAAUCCAAACCUGCCUGAUAGUUGAACUUUGGUUCUACUGCUUUCAUUAGACUGAGAUGAGAAACAUCCAAGAUGUUCACCAAGGGCCAUAUUCGCCCAUUCGCGCGUAAAUACAUUUCUGCGUGCCUGGACUUGCGCACUUUGUAUUUACGCUGAAUCUCCUGGCUAGACCUCUGGCACAGCCACCACGUAUUAACCUGGGAAUUAAUGUGGAAACACCAAAGAGACGCGAUUCACUGACAACUGAGGCUGGCUUUAAGUUGUGAAAAGUGGAUCUUUCCUGAGACUUUUGAAUGUUAGAAAGUAGUGGUGGACAGAUCAAUCCAAAUAUAAAAAAUAUUGAUACAAAGUCGUGAUAAGAUUAGUAGACCUGCUUUGGAGUCAUACGAGUUGACGAGACCAGAAAAAAAGACUUCCGCCGCUUCUGCUUUUAAGAAGUAACGGUACUUUUAAUCCGUUUCGAUUAUCUAAAUGUCUGUCGCUACUUUUAUUUAUCAAUUAUUGCUUAUUUAUCUACUAUUUCGUGUGCAAGACUACGACUUCCACAUUGGGCGCUGUUUGCGCCAAUCCAAACUAAGCGCUAGUGACGUCUAAAUUUAGGUCACCAAUAAAACGACACAACAAAGUCACAUGACCUCCACAACGUCUUCUAUUGGGCUUCCCGAGCAUAGGUAUAUACACUAGAUAAGCCAGCCCUGCUAUCACGUGCCUACAUGGCGCCCAUGUUAGGAAGGUCAUCAUUACCAUGAAGGUAGCGGCGCGCAACGCGUCGUUUUUACAUUUAGACAAAAAAAAAACAACAGCUUUCAUGUCAAGUAGUAUUUGUUUGGCACUGUCUGCCCAAACGUGGACAUUUCAGCCCACUUAUAACUUGAGAAAACACUGCAGUAAAUUGCAGAUGUUUUGUUGUAGUUUUGGUUGUGCAUACACACACGCACGCACAUACGCAUGCACAGCAAUAUCAGAAUUUGCAGAUUCACAUUUUAUUUUGUUAUUUUUAUUAUAUUGAUGUUCAUGCUGUGGUUAAAAAACUCACUAUUUACUGAGUACUUGUAAUUAUUUCACUGUGUACUUUUUACUCUUAAGUAAUUUUUGGGAGGAAUACUUUUUAGUUUUACUUGUGUCAUGAACGGAACAGAGGAUAGGACCCAAAAAUGCACGACUCCAAAACAAAUGGACAGUUUCAAAAAGAGAGGUUUAAUCAACGAGCAGAGGUAGGUACACAGGCAGGCAAUCCAAAAAAGGCAACAGUAUCCAAAAACGUGAGGCCAAAACGCGAGGUCGAUAAUCGGAACAGGGGUCUAGCCUUACUGUGAGUCUGUGACAUGGAAACGAGGAAUGCUAGAACGCGACGACAAGAUACAACGAACUGCCGACGAGAAAGAAUGAGACACCAGGUUAAAUGCAAGGGGUAAUUAGGGUGAACGAGGCACAGGUGGUGAAGAUGCUCUCAAGAGCAGGUGUCGACGAGACGGGGGGAAGACAACAACCGGAACACACACCCAUGACACCUGAGUCAUUAUUGUCAAGUAACAGUAUCCUUACUUGAGUACAAUAUUUGGCUACAAUGUUUAAUGAUAACUGCAUUAAAAGCAAAAAAUAAUUAUAAUAAUGUCAACAUGAUACUGUUCUUGAACAAAACAUUGUCACCAAAACCUUUGUUCUGCACGGGGUGGCUUCUUUUUUAACGAAAGGCUUUGGGGAUUGUUUACUCUUUAUUUAUUAGAUUUUCACCAGUUUUUUUUUUCUUCAAAAACAGAAAAGAAUUGCACUGAACUGGAUAUUUUUUUAUUUUUGGAUUGGACUCCCUGAACACAUAUUGUACUUGGAAAAAUAAUUACUUUUACAUGUUUUAUAUUUAUUAUGGAGUGAUAAUUUUGUUUGUUUGUGAAAUUUGAUUUCUGGUGAUCACUUUGUGCACUUUGUUUAUUUCAGGAAAAAAUCCAAAUGUAAUGGGGAAAAUUUGUUGUGUUACUGUUCUAUUGUUUCUGGGAAAAAAAUCUUGAUAUUUUCUAUUUACCAAUAAACUUUGUCCUAAUUCUG